UCCGGGGCCGCUCGGGUUUCCCGCGCGGAGCGGGGGAGCGGGGAGGGUUUGAGCGGCGGCCCGUUGUCUGAGGGCGCUUCCGGGCGGCGCAGCUCCGUGGUGGCAGUGGGACCCCCCCAGGCAUCCCUCAGCAGUUAACGCCUUCACCGUCCUUUGGGAAGCAAGAGCUUGGAGUGCCAUCUCUGAGUUUAGACCUCCAACCUCAGCAUCCUGAUCUGGUGCCGCCUUCGGGAGGAUGAAUCAGGACAGUGACUCAAGUGAUCAGCCCACGGGCCAGGACCCACUCCUAUUGCUGAAAACCCUUCAGCUUCUCUGGACAAAGCAAGAGCUGAGGAAGCAGCUCAAGGAAGAAAUCAGGCGGGGCUUUGCCGGACUGGAGGACCCUUUGGCAGGACUCCUGGCCAUGCUGGAGAACAGCAGUGAUUGGAAGGGGAAAGGGCAUUCCCUGGGGUAUUGCAUCACCACAGAGCUGCAGCUUUGGAUAAAAGAGCAUCCUGCUGUUCCACAGUCUGGCAUCCAGCUGAAGAAGCUGCAGGCCCGUGUGCUCAGAAUCCUCUCCCAGUGCCCAGCUAAUCUGCUUGACCCCCUGAUCAGCAUUUACCAGCUCCACACAGCAGACCGGAACUAUUUGCUUGAACAUGUCAGUCAUCUUUAUCUCAAGGGCGAUUACAAAGAGGCAGCCAUACUGAGUAUUAAGCUGAAAUUACAGCCAGAUCAAGAUGUGGAGAAGCCACAAGUUUACAUCCUGACCCUCUGCCCUAAUGUCGUAAAUCAGCGGCACUUGAGAACCCUGAACUACCUCUUUUACAAGAGAUUUGUUGAGAAAACCAUGACUGAGGAGAACUGGGCAGAUCAUGUUCAGAGCACAGCCGGGGACAGUCGCUGUCUCCAAGGGCACCUGGUGCAGCUGCUGCUCCGGCACUGCCCCGGGCGCGCGGCGUGGUGGGCGCGGCACUGGGGGCUGCCCAUGGACGUGCUACCUCCCAGCCUGGCUGAGGAGCUGCCAGAGCUUCACACCCAACAGAGGGUAGAAGAGGCCACAAAAGUAGAUAAUUAUGAAGACAGUAAGAAGAAGGACUGUUACCAGCUUCCUAUUUCACGGGAAAAUAUUCACUUCCUGCAGACAUGGGAAGAGACACUGCAGUGCUGGGAGAAGGUGCUGCAGCCUGGGCAGGUUGUUGGCGUUGACAUGGAGUGGAAGCCUUCCUUUGGCAUGGUGGGGAAGCCCCGUGUUGCCCUCCUCCAGAUGGCAGUGAAGGAUGAGGUGUUCCUGUUGGACCUGCCACGGCUCCUCGAGCAAGCUGAGCUGGAAGGGGAGAAGGAGAAGCUCCCCCGAUUCAUCCAGAUGCUCUAUUCAGAUGCUGCCAUCACUAAACUAGGUUAUGGGAUGUCUGGAGACCUCAGCAGCCUUGCAGCCACAUGUUCUGCUCUGAAAGACAUAGAGAAGCAACUGCAUGGUGUGGUGGAUCUACUCACAGUGGACAAACAACUGCAGAAGGGCUGCAGUGAGUGGAGGAAGGACGGCCGGAAGGUUGAUGGACUGUCCCCGGAGCACAGCCACGAGGAGAGAGGGGUCAGGCAGCAGGAGAAGGGACUCAGCCUCCUGGUGCACCAUGUGCUGGGGAAACCUCUGGAUAAAACAGAGCAGCUGUCAAACUGGGAGAAACGGCCUCUCCGGGAGGAGCAGAUCCUCUAUGCAGCCUCCGACGCGUACUGUUUGCUGGAGAUCUACGAGAGGCUCUGCAGGGACCCAGAGAGCUUUGGGCUGAGCUCAGACCUGAUGGAGAGUCUGGUGGGAAAACGGAGCAUAAAACCCAGGGCAAAGAAGCAGCUGAAUAAACAAGAAGCACUGUCACCUUCUGGACAGCAAUGCCAAGGAUCCCAGAUGGAGACCUCCCAUGCCCCCGCCUCUGUGUCCCCCAGGGAGUUCAGCGUGGUCUGUGACAACAUGCUGCAGGGUCUCGGGCGCUACCUGCGCUGCCUGGGUGUGGAUGUCCGGAUGCUGGACAACGAGGAUGACCACAGGAAAGCUGCUGAGAUUGCCCGACAGGAAGGAAGAGUCAUUUUAACCUCUGGACUCCCAUAUCAGACUCUGCGGUCCCAGGUGGGAGAAGGAAGGUGUUUCUCUGUGAACUGCUCAGAAAAGGCAAAAGAACAGGCCCUGCAGGUUCUGAAGCACUUCAACAUCCAGGUGUCUCUGAGCGAUAUCUUCAGCCGCUGCCAGGUGUGCAACUGCGACAAGUAUCUGAAGGUGCCCCGGGAGAGGAUGAGGCAGCUGGUGGAGGGCAGCAGGCAGGUGUCGCAGGAGCCCAGUGCAGGGGUUGGUGGCAGGGACCUGCUCUGCCCCCAGUUGUGGCUCAACACAUGGCGUGGGGAGUUCAGCACCCACAGUCCACAUCAGAACUGGCCCCUGUCCCCUGACUCCAGCCUAGGCCAUGUCAUCUCCAUCAUGUCACUGAAUAUGGAUUGGCAACCUUGCUGUUGGUUGUCCCAUAACACAACCAUGGGUGGGGGGCCCAGCCCAGCUUGGAGAACAGCCCUGCCUGACCUGCGACAGGGAGGAAAAACCAUUGCACCCAGUACAGCAGCAGCACUGGUGCAGUUACCAAGACUGGAACAGAUCCCAGGACACGGCAGAGGUGCCACACUCAGGGCAGGGAGUUGGUGGAUGCAGGUGACCGCCCCUUCUCCCAAAUUCAUGGGAUGCUCCUCCUUGGGAUGCAGGAUAGAGCCUGGACCCCCUGCAGUCUGCCCAGGGAGCCAGCUGUGCGAUGUCACCGUGCCAGCCCGUGACACAGCCCAGCCCGGCUGCACUGCGCACAGAGAGCAGCCAGAGGAGCUGGAGCAGCGAGGGGCAGAUGCAGUGCUGGGGGGAGGCACAGUCCUGCAGGUCGAUGCCAUCCCCCCCGGGGUGCUGGACAGAGCUGAGCUCACCGACUUCUACUGCUGCUCCUGCUGUGGGAAGGUGUUUUGGGAGGGGUCCCAUUUUGGACGUGUCGUGUCCCAGUUUCGGGAUGUUCUUGUGGCCUCGGGGGAUGCACAAAGCGUCUAUGAGCUGAGCUGAGGGAGGAUGCAGGGGCUUGACAGUGAGACAGGGAACUACACAAGGAACCUCAGCGGAUUUUGGGCCAUGGGUUUGCAGUAAGAGGCUGGAAGCAGGGGGGCUCUUGUUUUGGGAUCCAUCAUGGAGCACUGUCACAGUUGCACUAAUGGUUUGCAACAGCCAAAAAAUACGUGGCCUCUAUGUGAUCAUUAAAGCGGAGGUAGCCAGGGAAUGAACCCUUUGCUUUAUUUCUGCCCCUCUCCAGGCUGGGCAUGGCAAGAGGGUAUCAGAGCUCUCCAAACCAAAAUCACCACCAGUGCUGACCCCAUGGCACCCUCGCCCCAGUGCCCCUCUGCCUGGUCACUCAUGGUGGGGACCCAGGAGCUGCGUCCCCAACAGCAGCACAGGGGAGAGCAUCUCCAGUGCCUGGAGUGCUCCCAGCUUGUG